AUGAGAACUCUCAAUGAAAACAAGGAGGAGGAGGUGGAGGAGGAGGAGGGCUCCGCCAUGGAGGACAAGGAGAACAAUCUGAAGACGGCCAGGUUGUGGAGGGAUGCCGCCCUCCGCUCCAGGAAGCUGCGGAGCAACCUGCGCCAGCUCACCCUCUGCUCCAAAGACAACCAGAUCAUCCUGCCGGAGGAGGAGGACAUAUCCGAGAUCGAGGUGCUCAACCUGGGGAACAACUCCCUCCAGGAGCUCCCGGACGGGCUGGGAUCCACCCUCAACAACCUGCGCAUCCUGGUCCUCCGCCGGAACAAGUUCUGGGCUGUUCCCCGGGUGGUGUUUGAGCUGGGCCAGCUGGUGGAGCUCGACAUGAGCCACAACUGCCUGAGGAGCCUUCCGGAGGGCGUGGGCCAGCUGAGGGGUCUGAAGAAGCUGUGCAUCAGCCACAACAAGAUCCAGUACCUGCCGGCUCAGAUCGGAGCGCUUCAGUACCUGGAGGAGCUGGACCUCAGCUUCAACGACCUGAGAGACCUGCCCAGAUCCUUCUGCAGCCUCUCCAGGUUGAGGACUCUGGAUGCAGAUCACAACAAGCUGAACCAGUUCCCCCCCGAGAUCCUGGCCCUCAGCGAGCUGGAGGAGCUGGACUGCUCCGGGAACAAGUUCGAAGCAUUGCCGGUGGACAUCAUGAAGCUGCAGUCUGUGAAGAUCCUCUGGCUCAGCAGUCUGCACAUGUCCACACUGCCGGACUCCUUCUGUCACCUGACCAACCUGGAGAGCCUGAUGCUGGACGGGAACAGUCUCACCGGACUUCCUGCUGGAUUUGGACACCUACAGAGACUCAAAAUGAUCAACCUGUCCUCCAAUGAGCUGGUGAACUUCCCACAGGUGAUCUUAAGCAUCACUGGGCUGGAGGAGCUCUAUCUGAGCAGAAACAAACUGACCCACAUUACUGAGGAGGUGGGUCAGCUGCUGCAGCUGGCGAACCUGUGGUUGGACAACAACCACAUCACUUACCUGCCGGACUCCAUCGUAGAGCUGGAGAAGCUAGAGGAGCUGGUCCUACAGGGUAACCAAAUAGCCAUACUCCCAGAUAACUUUGGGAAGCUCUCCAAGGUCAACAUCUGGAAGGUGAAGGACAACCCUCUCAUCCAGCCGCCCUACGAGGUCUGCAUGAAGGGGAUCCCUUACAUUGCCGCCUAUCAGAAGGAGCUCGCUCACUCGCAGCUUGCCGUGAAGCCGCGGCUGAAGCUUGUCCUGAUGGGGCUGAAAGGUGCGGGGAAGACAUGCCUGAGACAGAGUCUGGUGGGUCCUCAGCAGGACGCCAAAGGACCACAGGGGAACAAAGGAAUCGAGGUGACGCAUUGGGUGGCGGACGCUGACCGCCACCUAACCUUCCUGGUUUAUGAUUUGUCAGGGAAGCCAAACUAUGACCUCAUCAAACCCUUCUUCCUGUCCCCCGGCGCUCUCUACAUCCUCGUCGUGAACCUGAAAACCUACUCCCCCAAAAACUUUUAUGCCCAUGUUGGGUAUUUCCUGCACCUCCUCGGCGCCAAAGUGCCCCACGCAGUGGUGUGCUUGGUGGGCACUCAUGCGGACCUGUGCGGGGAGGAGGAGCUGGAGGAGAAGAGUCUGGACCUCCACAGACAGAUCGGUCUGCAGGAGAUGAGGGACACCCAGAUUCUGAGGGGUCUGGCUUUGCAGGUGGACCAGGCACUGGAGCAGGGCUACAGCGUGCGCUCCUCCAGCCCUCACGUCCUCUUCUACGGUGUCUCGGACAGGAACCUAAGGCGCAGGAAGGCUCAGCUGCAGUUCAUGCUGAACCAGCGGCUGCAGAUCCUGUCCCCGGUCCUGAGCGUCAGCAGCACCUGCGGUCAGAGGAACAUCCAGCGGCUGAAGGACAAGCUCAUGUCCAUGGCCGAUCACAGGGACAUCUUCCCGAACCUCCACCGGGUUCUGCCCAAGUCCUGGCAGAUGCUGGAGGAGCUGCACUUUAAGCCCAAAGACCUGUGGCUGUCCUGGUGGGACUCUGCCCGUCUGGGCCUGCAGGCGGGGCUGACAGAGGACAGGCUGCAGAGCGCACUGUCCUACCUUCACGAGAGUGGGAAGCUGCUCUACUUCGAGGACAGCCUGACCCUGAAGGAGUAUGUGUUUCACAACCUUCCACGAUUCAUCGCCAUCCUCAACGUCUUCUUCCAACGGGACGAGUCCACGCUGCUGGACCGGCUCCUCUCCGAGGGGGAAAGGGGGGACAACGGGAGGGUGAGUCUGGUCAUCGAGGACGAGAAGGGGGAGAGCCUCAGGGUGACUCACCUGCAGCACCACGUGGAGGGCUUCCUGCAGCACGGCCUCCUGCCCUCCAACGUGAUCCGGCUGCUGCUGCGCCCGCUGAUCCAGACCCAGCAGGACCUGCACCUGAUCAUGGAGCUCCUGGAGAAGAUGGGGAUCUGCUACUGCAUCAACAAGCCCCGCAGCAAGCCUCUGAACGGGGCCACCGCCUGGUACAAGUUCCCCAGCUACGUUAGCUGCGAGGAGCCGCAGGCGGCAGAGGCCUUGGUGGCGGGGGGGAGCCCUCUGACCAUGUGUCACUUCUUCUCCGUGGAGCAGCUCCACGUCCAGUACAGCUUUCCCUUCCUGUUUCCUCCCGGACUGUUUGCACGCUUCAGCGUUCAGAUCAACAGCCACGUGGUGCAGCGCUCGGACGGACGGCGUCAGAUCCUUGCCUAUCGAGGUAAAGUCCCCGUGGUCAUCAGCCACCGGCCCGCCAAAGGAAAGCUACAGCCAGAGACUCUGUCCAUCUCCAGCCAUGCCUCUCUGCCCAACAUCUGGACAGCGUGGCAGGCCAUCACACCGCUGGUGGAGGAGCUGAACAUGCUGCUGCAGGAGUGGCCCGGUCUGCUUCACUCUGUUCACAUUCUUUGUUCCAAGUGCCUGAAAAGAGGGUCCGCCACCCCCCACGCCUUCCCAGGUAACACACCUACGCCCUCCAGAACAGCUGUGAGUCAGGUGGUUUUAGGUCUCUGUCCCUCAGCAGGUCCAAAGUAGUAAGGCUGCACGAUAUCAGAAAAAACUAACAUUACAAUUCCAGCUCUGUGAUAUAAAUUACGAUAUUAAAAAACAAGAAUUUUCAUCCGAUGACCUGAAUCUGACUUCUUGAGGACAGUUAACCUGAACUGAUCUUACCUCUUUUAGUGAAGUUAGUAGAAUGGCUUCUUUCUGUCUUAGAGAUAUUUUUAGCUUUUAUUGUGCUGGGACGUUAUUGAGGAAACAGAUGAACACAGAACAGGUGUUUUAGUCGACAUCAUCCAUCUUGUAACCCAAAUGAUUCCAGAUAACUGACUUUCCUUUUCUUUUUACCAACAAGUAUUCAUCUUUGGUGGUUUUCUCUUGUUUACUUCUCAUUUUACAGUUGUUGUUGUUGUUGUUGUGCUGAGAAUGCAUGCCCGCCGAGAAUUGCAUCCAUCUCACGGAAACGCGCGCCGCUUAUAGUAGAGUGGUCCACGGAAAUGUACGAUUUAAAACUCAUACAGUUCUUAUUUGAGGGGAUAAACAGUGAUGAGGCGGGUAUGUGUGUAUCGGCACAACACCGGUGGCCACAGCGACAUACUUCAUGUACAGGGGCGUGGUUUCCUCGUCUCUGAUUUGAUUGACGGCUGGCAGGGUAGCCUGAUUUGCAGCCGAGUAAAGAACGAAUGUGAUUGGUGGAUCACUGCACAGCACAUGCAGAGUCACAUACAGUGUAUGUCAGUCAGCUACCCUGGAAAUUAGAUGAGGACUUGGCGUGUGUGUGUAAGGGUGUUGUGUGUAGAAGGACAGGUGCAUCAUGGGGGCUAAACCAGUGGUUCACAACUGGUCUCUCUCUGGGACCCACAUUUUCCCAUGGUCCUUAAGUCAUGACCCAGUUGUACAAAAUUCAAACAAAGCAAAUUUAUUUUUCAUAAAAAAAACCUUUAAAGACUCAAAUCUUUGACAUAAAUACACCAUUUUUAUUGAGUAAAGUGUAUUUUAGAGCACAUGAACUGAGAAUGACAACUACUGAAGUUACAGAAAAUAUCAAAUAUCAAAUUACACAUAAUAAAGACAAAAUAAACCAAAACGUAUAUUUAUUUUUACUGCAUUCAGGCAACAUUAAUAAGAAACCAAGGAGGAGCAUGACAUAACACGUGCCUUUCAAAAUAAGAUAUUUUUCAAAAUAAAAGAUGUCAAACAUCAGAUGCGCAUUAAUUAUUUACUUUUUGACCAGCUGUUUGCAACCCAUCCAGAAUUUGUCCCCGACCCACUUUUGGGCCGGGACCCACCAGUUGAGAACCUCUGGGCUAAAGGAUGCUGUUUGUGUGCAGAGCUGUGAUGUGGACUCAGAAUUCUGACCCGGUUCUGAGAGUUCGGCAGUUUCGACUCAUGUUGUCUUCAGGAUUGUGAACUUUUGUGUCUCUUUUGCUGAUUAAAAACUCGUUUUGGUCUGGUACCCCUGAGUCUGCCUUGGUUUCAGACCUGAUUGUUGAAGUCCAGACUUCAGAACUGGAUCGGUCUGAAAUUCUGGAUCUCUGGGAAAAAUGAUGUUUUUUUCAGAUCUGUUAGAGGAACGUGUCGAAUGUGUAGGUUAUGGUUGGUGCUCCUCCUGACAGUCAGCUGAUUCCUCCUCAACAGCUGGACUGUUCUCCUGAUCUGGUCUUGGGUCUGUGAGAGUCUCUGCUGUCUCCUCUGUCUCGCUCUGAUCUGGAUCUAUGCCGUCAGAUUAAACUCUAAACACACAAGGAGUUCUCUGAAAGCCGGGUCCUGUUUCAGUGAGGGACCGAAUCCAACUCAUCAAUCAGGGACAUCAUCAAACUUAGACCUCUGAAAUUCACUAAAACAUGAAUCAAUGAGAGCAGGGCUGGGCAAUAUGGGAAAAAAAGUUUAUCAUAGUGUAUGUUAUUUUCAUAUCAGUCAAUAUCGAUAUAUAUCACGAUAUAAAAAAUGAAAUUUAACAGUGUUUAUUGGUUGCAUGUCUUUUGCGAUACAGUAAUCUACUGCAUCUGUGAGGUCUUUGUGUCUCUUUGACGUUUUGUUGUAAGGCGUUGCUCUAGAGAAAGUGGACUGAAUGGUCGGCUGUUUCGGCUGCACAGGCGCCAUUGGCUCCUUACUCCUCUCGGGGGUUGGAAACUUUUGCGUUGCACAUGCUCUGUGGCGUGGCACUGCUUCAGGUGGUGAAAAAGAUUUGAGGUAUUUCCCGACUUUGUGAGAACAUGUACUCGACAUAAUUUUCAGUACACAUUACUCUGCUUCAUGUCCGACCUCAAAAAACCAAAAUACCUCCACACCUCUGACAUUUUUGUGCCAGUGUUGUCAACGAUGUUGUCAUCUGUUGAGCCUUCAUGGUCAUUUCUGUCGGGGGUAGCACUCAUGUUCUUUUUUUCUCACCAACAGUGCUGUCGGCUUCACCUGUUAAGGUGCUAUGGUUGGGUGUAGCUGCUGUCUGCUAUGACACAGUUGUUUGAUACUUCUAAUUCAGCACAUGAUUGGUUCAGGACGAAGUGGACCCGGAGCAACUCCCGUUUUCACUGGCUAUUUAUAUAGUCUACCUAAACAUGUCAGAAUGCCGACUAUUGAAAAAGCAUAUUGACUAUGUUUUAUAUUGAUAUUGAGGGAAAUAAAUUUUUGAUAUAUAUCGUUAUCGCUUUAUCGCCCCGCCCUAAAUGAGAGUAUCAGCAGGACAAACGUGUCCAGAUGCUGCACGUCUGCACAGAGUCCGAGGUACAGAGAGUGACCCGCCUCUGACUCUGUGUCUGUGUGAGAUUACAGCGCUGAUGUUUGAAGAAUCAUUUCAUGGUUCGAGUCAUUUCUGCAGCCUGAUAACAGACAGAGGGAGAGAGAGAGAGGCCUUUGUGCUUGGGCGAUCGACCACAUCAGGAAAUGCUUCAGAUUUUCUCUCUCUGGGGGGCGAAUAAAGAAAACAGCUUUUAUGAGACUCUGUUUGCAGGAAUGUCCUCUCAGAGUUUGAGGUUCAUUUCUGCAGCUCAGAGUUUGAGUCCCAGGAUUGAAUAAAAGAAAAAUUAAAGUAAAUCAAAGUGUGAAAGUUCAGAAAAUCCUGCAGGAAUGAAGUUCAGAGGAAAGACUCUGAAUAUUUCCAACAGACUGUGAGGUUAGGACUGUGAAAAAAGUGUCAGAAAGGGCUCCAAUUUAUCUCUUUUCACUCUGUCACAUGAUCCCUGCAGGACUGUCUCCAUCAGGUCCACUUUAGAAAUGUCCGAUCUUUCAGUGUUUGUAGAUUUCUGUCUGGGGUUGUCAUGAAGUUUUAAACGCUGAUAUAAUUCCUCUAGAAAAACUAUAAAGACAAAUGUUUGAAUAGAGGAGUAGUAAACUGAGGACCAGACCUCCACAGUUGGUGGUUUUUCAGUUAGUGAGAUUUUACCAACAUGUGAACCCAAAAUACUGAUCGAUAACAGACUCCAGUCCAAAAACAUGUCAAACUACAUUUCCCAUGAUGCACCUGUAAUCAUUCAAUUUUUCCUGUGAGCUCUCUGCAUGAGUCUGUUUUUUUCUUUUUCUUCUUCUUCUUCUGCUUCUUCUUCUGUGGUGUGGGUCGGUCAGUGUGUCUCUGCGCUCAUCUCCCUAUCUCCUCGGCUGAGUGUGGAUCAGGAGGAUGGUCUGGACUCUGCUGCAGAGCUCCUUUUAUGGACAUGAUAUUUUGGUCUGGACUCCACACAGCUGCAGAGUCAACAGCUGGUCCUCAGUGCAGGUUUCAGGUUCCAGAGAGAUCCUCACCGUGUGUGUGUGUGUGUGUGUGUGUGUGUGUGUGUUUGUGUGUGUGUACACUCUCUCUCUCCUUUAAUCCUGUUACAGGAUCAGUCAGAUUACACAGAGCCAAAACAGGAGCGCCUACCUGUCACUCAGGUGCAUUAGGCCCCACCCACUCUAACAUUAGACCAGUCUGAGCUCGUCCACGCUGUCUGGAUCAGAGGAGACAUGAUGAGUCCUCCUGACAUCAGUCAGAUCCAGAUCCUCCUGACCCCUAAGGACCGAUCGUGUUGAUCUUUCCUCCAAACAUAACUCGUUUUACUCCAUCAGACUCCCAGCAUGCACUGCAGCACCUGUCCAAGCUCCUGUCACUACCUCUGACUCUCUCAGACUGACUGACCCCCAAUUUUCACCAUAUCCAGAAAAGCUCCGACUGGAACGGCGGUGAUUUUCGCCAUCCGCCUUUUCCUACUGGAUCUGUUUGUGAGGCGAAUUUCGUGGCGGAUUACGAACAGCGGUAAUCACGAGAACUCACAAGAACCUGCGGAUUCACGUUCGAUCGCAUGAUAACAAGUUGUCUCUAUAAAGACAGACACAUAGACAUAUAAGCAGUAGAUUGUGUCCUUCCAGAGGAGGAAAUCUACUUCUAGACUUCGAGAAUCAGCAUCUCCUCAUCCAUGGUGUCAUCAGGGUGAAAUGACGUCUAAAAACCUUUCACUUGUUCGUCUCCGCCCGUUUGCAUGGUGUGAAAUACGAUCCUCCUGAAACACAGUGUUUUAUUUUGAAAAGAAGCUCGAUGUUUUAUUUUGUGUCUGUGCCCAACUUCCUUUCCAGCACGCGUUAAUCUGAGCUCAAUUUAUCCGGCAUGCUCUGGUGUCCAGAAAAAAUAGAACUCUUGCGAUCAGCUGCGAAGUCCGGGGAUCCGCAGAGGAAGGGAAAGAAGCCGGUGGAAAUUGACACGUUAACUUGAAUGGUUAUGAUCAGCUAGGAUCGGAGGAUACGACCCUUUAGUAGAUGUUCUGGAUGUGGUGGAAAUUGGGGGUAACACUCUUUUGGAAAGGACAGCUGGACUUACUAAGGACGUUUCACCUUAGGCGAAAUGUCCCAAGUAAGUCCAGCUGUCCUUUCAACGAAGCAUUGGAAAUCUUAGAUGCAGCAUUCGAGGGCUGGGCAAUUUGGCAAAAAAAUGAUCACAAUAUAUUUUGUCAUAUCAUCCGAUCUCGAUUAUUAUCACAAUUUUUUUAACUGCCUGUUUUAAAGCAUCUGUACUAAAAACUAAAGAAACUAGUUUAGUUAGUUCAACAUUUUAUUAACAUACAAAGUAAAUAACAAAGCAAAUUCGCCGACAUACCUUGCACAUCGGCUUAAUCGCUCAACGUCACUUUGGAGAUACUCGAACCACCGUCACACAACUGACGUAGAAUAACUUCUCAACAAUAACAUCUUAGGAGAAUAACUCAAAGUCAAGGCUGACAUCUAUUUUGCUGACCUCAGCUCCGUGUUUAGUUCCACGUUCGGUCAUUUUGUUUACUUCUCCAACAACUUACAGAAGUGAGCAGGAAAAGCUCGACUCUGAAUGGCUGUUGUUAUGCACAUUUCCUCUAUGUUUGAUUGAGUAAAUAUGCUCACAGCUGAUCACCGUGAUCGAACUGAAAUUUAUCACGAUCAUAUAAUCGCCCAGUCCUGCUGCAUCCUCAGUUUUAGACAAUAUCUCCAGGUUUCGGAGCAACAUCUGCGUCCAUCCAGACAAAGAUUUUUUCAGGGUAGACCUUCAUAUGAUCCCAAACCACAUAUUGACAAGAGUUGAAAUUGACACGUUAACUCGAAUGAUUACGAUCGGCGGAUAGGACCUUUUUGUAGACGUUCAGGAUGCGGUGGAAACUGGGAGGUGAGCUAAACUAAGACAGGCCGCUUUAUGGAUCCUGGUCUCCAACAGUCAACAGAGUACAGAAUGUCAGAACGUGGCGCUAAACGCGGAGCUGAGGUCAGCAAAAUAGAUGUCAGCCGUACUUUUGAGUCAUCCUCCGAAGAUGUUAUUGUUUAGAAGAAAAGCUAUUCCAUGUCGGUUGUGUGGCGGUGGUUCGGGUAUCUCCAAAGUGACGUUGAGUAAUUAAACCGAUGUGUAAGGUAUGUCGGCGGUCGGUGCCUCAAAAACCGUCGACACAACAGAUCUCAUUUGAAGAAGUUCUUCCCGAGUGAUUAUGUGGAAAACAUGAAAAUAUGGGUGGAGUCUGUACAGCCUGUCACUGCUGACGGUACGAGUAGCAUCAGCAGUUUAGCUAAAACUAGCGGUGCAGCCACCAGACCAAAGUAAUCAAUCAUAUCAUCUACAUUUACAUCAUCUAUUGUUUACAUUUAAAGACAUCUUCAUAAUCUCUGAGGGGACGAUUUAUUUAUUUUGGGUCUAUCAUACCUGCAGACACAUUUAGGACUGUAAACUAGUUCAUUGUAUUAUUUAUUGACUGAUUUAUCAGCGAGCCAAUUAAAUCGGCCAAUUAAAGCCCGUUUGAGACUAAUCGGUAAUCGUCCAAAACUAACCAAUUUUCACCGUUAUUUUCAGAAAUAAAAUGCAGAGAAAAAGAGUCGGUUUCACUUUAAAAAUGUUCCGCCACAGAUGCUUUAAAACUGACCAUUUAAAAAAAAAAAAGGAUAAUAAUCGAGAUCGGAUGAUCCGACAAAAUAUAAAUCAUGAUCAUUUUUUUGCCAAAUCGAUCAGUCCUACUUUGUGGAGCUUCACUCACUAAAACUUCAUCAUUCAGUCGUCAGUGAAUGAAAACAGUCCGAGGUGUUUACUCUGAUGUGUGUGUGUGUGUGUGUGUGUGUGUGUGUGUGUGUCUGUGUGUGUGUGUGUAAUCUUUUAAAGGAUGACCAUCCUGUUACAUCACCUCUCUAAGCUCCUGCAUUAUCUCAUGCAUGUGACACACACACACACACACACUCUGAGCAGGUCUGUGAUGUUCUGACUCCACCUGAACUGUGAUAUCAGAGAUGAAGCCCCGCCCCCAGUCUUAAAGCUACAGUAUCAGGGUUGUUUCCUUUAAUCAGACCUGAGAGGUUUUAGGUGUUCUGACUGUGGCUCUGACUCGUUAGUUUGGUUCUGACUCGUUUGUGUGGCUCUGACUCGUUUGUGUGGCUCUGACUUGUUUGUGUGGCUCUGACUCAUUUGUUUGGCUCUGACUUGUUAGUUUGGUUCUGACUCGUUUAUGUGGCUCUGGAAUCGUUUGUGUGGUUCUGACUCGUUAGUUUGGCUCUGAUUUGUUAGUUUGGUUCUGACUCGUUUGUGUGGCUUUGACUCGUUAGUUUGGUUCUGACUCGUUUGUGUGGCUCUGACUCGUGAGUUUGGUUCUGACCCGUUUGUGUGGUUCUGACUCGUCAGUUUUGUUCUGACUCGUUUGUGUGGUUCUGGAUCCUCCUGCUGAAGCUUCUCUCUGUGGUUGGAUCAGUUUGGUUUUGGUUCUCAGGUUUUUGUUGGAAAGAUUUGGAUCGAUGGUCUGUGUCUGCAGAGCUGAACAGGAUCCAGAACUUUCUUUGUCCCGCUCCUCCUCCUCUGUGCCAUGUUUCUCAAAGUGAAUCCUACUUCCUGUCCCACCUGAACCUGAGGCAACACGCCACAUUUCAGGGCGCGGCGGCUGUUUGGUUGGUUCUGCUGUUGAACUUGUUGAUGUGGACAGACGGAUCAAAUAUCUGCAGGACGUAAAAGUCACAGCAGAGCUGCCAAAUGUAAGAGGCUCUGAUUCAUUAAUAUGAUCUGACACCGGGGGGAGGAUGUGCCGCCACCACCUCAGCUGACUGUUGUUUACAGAUUCUCACCUCUGGACUGAGGAAGACCAUCUGAAGAGUUUAUCUUCAGUCCAGAGCGCUCAGGUCUGAGGAGGAACAGAGGAUCUAUGUGUGUACAUCUACAUCACUCUGAAAACUGAUUCUAACUAAGACUGAGAAACUUCACUGAGGACCUGAUCUGAUCCUCCUCCUCCUCUCUUCUCCUCUCUCCUCUCCUCUCUCCUUCUCACUCCUCCUCUCCUCUCUUCUCCUCUCUAAUCUAAUAAGGGUUUGGAAGACGCUAAACUUUAUUUACUAAACACGGUCUAUAAGCACCUUGAAAAGGCAGGGGCCCAUGUGAGACUUUUAUUUGCAGACUUUUCUUCUGCUUUUAACAAAAUGCAGCCUCAUAUUUUGAUUCAAAGGCUUGCUUUGGACUUCAACCUCUCUGACCAACUGCUGUCACUAAUUUUCGAUUUUCUCACUGAUCGGGUCCAAUGUGUUCUGGUGAAUGGCUGUUUGUCUCCUCCCGCCAUCUCGAAUACUGGGUCUCCUCAGGGCUGUGUCCUGUCUCCUCUCCUUUUUAUUCUGUAUACUAACAGCUGCAGAUCUUUUGAUAUUCUGAUGACACAGUCCUAGUUUCACUGUUGUCAAAGAACGAGGAGAACCGUGGUCCAGCUCUGGGUCAUUUUGUCCAAUGGUGCGAGGACAACUAACUUGAUUUGAAUGUUUUAAAAACCAAAGACAUGGUCAUUGAUUUUAGACGUGCUUCUUCUCACAGUGUCAGUGUCAUUCGUGGUGGAAAUGUGGAAAUUGUCAAUAGUUACAAAUACCUGAGCACUGUGAUUGAUGACAAAUUAAAAUUUGACAUGAACACAGAAAGCAUUAUCAAACGAGGGCAGCAAAAAACCUACCUGUUGAGGAAGUUAAACACUUUCAAUGUGAGCAAAACUAUUUUAAAUAACUUUUAUUGUUCUUUUAUUGAAAGUUUACUCACAUUUUCCUUUGUUUACUGUACCCUCCCUCUCUUUUGUUUUUUUACCUGAAAAGUUGAACAGAUGGCGCCGCUCUGUAGUCCAGGAUCUGAAUUUGGAUCUUGGUCCUGAAAUAGAAAGAUCAGAUCUGGAUCUGUGAGUCAAGUUAAAUACCUCUCUGACCCCCCCCUCAUGAAGUCAGAGAGUCCAAAACUCCAGACUGAGGAGGAGGAGGAGGAGGAGGGGAGAAGAUAGAGAGGAGGAAGAAGGAGAUAGGAGGGAGAGGAGGAGGAAAGAGAUAGAGGAGAGAGGAGGAGAAGAGAGGAGAGAAGCUCAAAAAUGUUAAAAUGUUGACUACACAGACAUAAGAGAACACAGAGAUAUCGUUAUAAUACCAAAUGUCAUCAAUAACUGAUAACUAUUGACUGAUAUUAAAAGAUUUUUUGUAAAUACACCACAAAAAAAGAUGCUUCUUUAACAGAUUCCUGUCUACACCACCUUUAAUUAAAACUCUGAAUGCGAGUUAGAAAGCUGCUUUGAUUUUUUAAAUCAGUUUCUCCUUCUGUUAUUCAUUUCAAAAUAAAAGCACCCAUAAUACUCGGUAACACGACAGUCGAAUAGUGUUGCCAUGGAGACGGUGAGUCAGCUGUGAGCUCCUGCUGAGCUCAGUGUGUGUUUACAGCAGAAGAGCAGGAUUAGCUGUAGCACUGUUUGCAUUGUAACCAUGGUAACGGAUAAGAACACCAUGGUUACUUUUGAUGCCUCACACCUGAUCACUGUUACCAACCCCCCCCCAACGAUCGUAUGCCCCGGUGCAUCAUGGGAGCAGAGGGGUUUACAGAUUAGAGCUGAUUCUUUCACAUAAGCUGAUUUCAGCUCACAUAUGAUCUUUUGUUCUGGACGUGUGUGUGUGUGUGUGUGUGUGUGUGUGUGUGUGUGUGUGUGUGUGUGUGUGUGUGUGUGUGUGUGUGUGUGUGUGUGUGUGUGUGUGUCUGACACAGACUCUUCAUUUCUUCUUCUGUGGUGUCUUUGCAGCAGGAUCUGCUCGGUGACAGUUUUUCUAUUUUCAGCUGAAGUUGUAAAUAUUUGAAGAGCGUCUGCAGCAGGAGCCGAGAGCACGCCGACAGCUGAUUGGUUGAUUUUGGUGAAAUAAACCCUCCUUUGUGUUUCCUCUGUCACUUUAGUCCCUGAAACAAAAAAUCUGCUUUAGUUUGAGUUUCAGGUUUCAGUAGAGGACGUUCAGAGUUCUUCCUGAUGUCUCAGCUUGUUGCUCGGUUACUGCAGUGCACUUUGGACUAAGAGCGCAGUGAAAAAAAGUCAUGUGACCUGGAUGACAUCAUGCUGUCACCACUUCCUCAUAGGAACCCGUGUUGUCAGACAACAUGGAGAAGGAGACGUGGAUUCAGAGGAACCAUCAGAGGUCUGAGGACGUGUUUAAACAUCAGCAGGAAGGAUGGAGGAACUGAACAUGAGCUGGUUCUGUUUCUCAGUGAAGUUUGUUUUUGAACAGAUCAGAACCAGUCAACACGGGCCUGAACAAUCACUGACUGGAGCUAGUUUAUUGUCCAGAACUCCAGCAGUGAUCAGAUGAUCCUGGUUUCUCUAAACUUCAUGUGGUCCGUCAGUUUAGUGUCUGUGAUGGUCAGACACAGACAGAGAGGUCUGUGGUCGGUCUGUGGAGUUCAGCCGUACGUCUGAAGAAAGAAAGUCUCAGAAGAAGAGGUCUCAGUAAACUUUGUUCUUCCUCGCUCACUCACUCACUCGCUCGGUGGUCGUCCUCCUCUGUUGCUCUCAGGGAACAGGAAGUGAGGUCGGAUGUGGGACAUUGUGGAAACGGUUUUUGUCCCUGAACGCCCACAGAGAGAGUUUCCUGAAAACUCCUCGAGUCAACUUCCUCUGUGAGCUGAAGGCAAAACUUCAGAUGACGAAGAGGAGGUGGAGGAGGAGGAGGAAUGUGAAGACUCCUGUACCUGGAGGAGGGGGAGGGAGCACAUUCCUGUGUGUGUGUGUGUGUGUGUGUGUGUGUGUGUGUGUGUGUGUGUGUGUGUGUGUGUGUGUGUGUGUGUGUGUGUGUGUGAGAGAGAGAGUGUUAGGAGGAGGAGGAGGAGUCCGGCUGUGACCUAAUUCAGGACACACAGCUGGAUGUUUGAGUGUCAGCUGCUUCCUCUAAUGAAAAACACGUCUGCCUGUAAGAGCAGGAGAAGAGCGAACUGCAGCUGCUGUGACCUCCUCCUCUGGACACCAUCACUGAACUCUUUACACAUCAUCUCAGGACCUUUGUAGUCAUCACUGCAGACGAUUAAAAUAAAAAAAAUAUAUUUUUUUUCUUUUUUUUUUUUUAAUUAAAGCAUAAAAAUAAAUAAAAAAACAUUAAAAAAGCACUUAACCACCCCAAAAACGAUAUAUAUUUUUUCAAAAACAUACAAAAACAAUUAAAAAACAUUAGACACAUUAAAAAAACAUAAAAACAUUUUAAAAAAUUAAAAACAUGAAAAAACAUUUAAACAACAUAAAAAAAUUUGAAACAUAAAAACAUUGAAAACAUGAAAAAGCAAACAAAAAUUCAAUGAACAUAAAAAAACUUAAAAAAACAUUAAAACCAUUUUAAAAACAUUUAAAACACAAAAAAUCAUUAAAAAAAAUAAAAUAUAUACCCCUAAAACCAUUAGAAAUUAUUAAAAAACAUUUAAACCACCAAAAACAUAAAAUAAAACUUCUUAAAAACAAAGAAAACAUAUAAACGACUAAAAACAUUAAAAACAUAAACAUUAAAAAAAACAAUCAAAAGACAUUAAAAAGCAUAAAAAAAACAUAUAAACGACUUAAAAUAAACAUAAAAAAACAAAAAUUAUUUUUAAAAAACAUUAAAAAAAACAUUAAAAACAUAAAGAAUCUUUUAAAUUUCAAAAAGAUCCAACAGUUUCAGUCUGAGUCCUCAUCAGGACUUUACAAACCCCCACAGUCCCCCUCAUAGUCUUCCUCAGACUCUUCUUCCUCAGGUCUCAAAGUGAGUCUCAGAUUUUCAUCUCUCAGUCAGCAGGGAGUCAUGUCAGGACUUAUCCCUGGAUUUGGACUGUCAGGAAACAUGCAGCCGCUCUUGUUUCUGCUGUGUCUGUUUCUGUCAGUAAAAAUCGACCUCUAUGAAAUGAAAGUCUGACAGAGGCGGAAAAAUCCAAGAAACUGAAAACUAGAAGUCAAAAUAUUUAGAUGUGAAAAAAAAGUCAAGAUAUGAAAAUUUAACAGAGUUAAAGGAAUAAAGAGUAGAUGUUAGAGUGAAUGAAAAUGAAAGAAUAAAUUAACUUUAUUGACUUUCUGUCGUCGGUCAGAUUCAUGUCUGUGAUAUUUUAGACCUGAUCAGUCGUGUUCAGGGGAAGUAAACCCUGAUUUUAAACUAACCUCCUCUCAGGUCUGAUGAUGGAUGGAGCUGACAGGUGGAUUUAUUUCAGUCUCCGCUCAGUUAUAAACUCCACACAGACCAGAUUAGCUGCUGACAGGUGCAGCUAAAUGCAGCUGGUGAGGUGACACCGGCAGACAGAACUCAGGGCUAAAGCAGUCUCUCAAACACAAGAAGGACUUUAAUACCAAAGAGGACGAAAGUUAAAAAAAAACUGUUUCUCUGACUGACUGUGCCUCUUAGUCUCUUACCCCCCCCCCCCCCCCCCAGGGUGCGUUCAGGAUCGAUGGCGUUAAUGGUCUUGGCGCUGCAGACGGGCUGUGAGAGUGGACACUAAUGCAGCUGAGGUUCAGACUGCCUCUGAUGGGGUUAGCUUAGCAGCGAGCUAACACUCAUCAUGGUAAAUCAGCUGUCUGAUCGAUAACCCUGAGAUUCAUUAGUCUGAGAUCCAUUACUCUGAGAUCCUUUACUCUGAGAUCCAUUACUUUGAGGCUGAUGGCUCAUGAUGAUGUGAUGAUGAGUUGGUGUCUGGAUGAACUCAGAACUGUCCGGUCAGUAGUUUUGUUUAAGAGGCUUUUAUAUGAAGUUAUUUCCAAUCAGCUGAUCAACAAUUCUGGUCCUUUUAUCAAUAAUAAUAAUAAUAAUACAUUUUAACUGAUCGAAAACAGAUCUCUAAGUGCAUACAGGGCAACAGUCAGAAAACAAAAAUAUGAAUAUAUAUCAAUACGUAAAAAAAACAUUAAAAAAAAACAUAAAAACAUUUAAAAAAAACAUAAAAUUAACAUUUAAAAAACAUAUCAAUAAAAUGACUCAUCACAUCUGCCUUUGUGAGUCUGCCUCCAUCUGUUUACAGAUCUAUAUUUACAGAAUAUUUCACCUUUAAAAUACUGACCUAAACUAACAGUCUGAGAUGGUCUUUGAAAUAGUUUUAAGUUAACUUAACUCGACCCCUGAGUCUAACCUGAGGACCCUGUCAGACCCUUUAAAACCAUCAUAGUCAACUGUAGGAUCCAAACCAUGAAAACAGGCGGUAACGGCGAUCAGCUGCUGCUCUACAUCAGGUAUGAAGAGGCGACUGCCGGUCGGACCAGGUUUGAUUUUUUUAAAGAGAUUUUUAAAAAUAUACUGAAAAUUAAACAUUUAUUUUAAAAAAAUCACAGAAAUAAACAAAACAGAACUUCUGAUUUAAAAUAUUUUUUAAAAAAGAGACAGUUUUAGAGAUACCACAUAACAGAAGUCAAACAUCCCACUGGAUAGAACAGAAUGACAUAAAAUGGAAACAUAAAAAUAGAAAAUGUGAAAACAAAAUAGAAGAGAAAGAAGUUUAUUAAAAUAGAAGUGAAAUUUGAACAGUAAGUUUAUGUAUAUGACAGAAUAUGACGAUAGAAUAGAAAAGAAUAAUAUAUCUAUUGUUGUUCACCUGGUUCUAAAACAGCCUCCUAACAGUUUGAAGAUUAAAAAGGAUAUCUAUGUCAGGGAGUAACAUUUCUGUAAUUCUCUUUUUAAUUCCCACUAAAAAAAAAAAAAAUAACCGAUACAUUUUCUCCAUUGCUGAGUUUUAGAGGAUUGGAUCCUGGUUGACAUGGUUCAGGGUCAGAGAUGAUCCACUCAGCUCCAGCUGUUCAGCGCCUUAUUAUUAUUUUUUCUCCUGUUUAGUCGAUUUAAAGUGGGGGUUUUUUUCUCGCUCUGUCCCAUAAAAACCUAAACAGACAUUUAAACCUGAACAGUCAUCCAUCAGGAAUCAUUCUCUCUGUGUGACCAGCUCUUAUUUUGGCGGGUCACCACACAGCUGCUGAAAGGGUCAGAUCUGCAGCUGUAGACUGAGUCGGUCCACGGAUGAUGUUUUGUUCUGAUCAGAUUAUUGAUCACCUGACUUCAACUUAGAGUGGCUGAAGCUCUGAAUGUGGGUGAAGCUGAUUGGUGGAUUUGUGUUUCUGUGUUUAGACUGGACCCGGCUGACCCGGUGUGUGUGUGUGUGUGUGUGUGUGUGUGUGUGUGUGUGUGUGUGUGUGUGUGUGUGUGUGUGUGUGUGUGUGUGUGUGCCAUGUUACAGCGGGUUACCAUGUUAUAUAGGGGCUCUGAAAGCAGGUCAGUGUGUGUGUGUGUGUGUGUGUGUGUUAUUGAGAUGCUGAUCCUGUUGAUUUAAUCUUGUGUGUUGGACGCUCAGAGCUGCUUCAGCGUUACACAUUUAGAUGAUUAUUGAUCAUGUGAUCAGAUUUCAGAGGGGUUUUAAAUCGGCGAUGAGCUCCGUUAAAACACAGAGUCCAGAUUCAUGAUGACUUACUGACUGUAUUUACGCCAGAGUGAAGUAUAUCAGUAAGUAAGUGAGUAAACUGUGACAGGUAAAGGGAUAUUCUGGCAUAAAAUUAAUUUAGGGUCAACACCGAGUUCAACACACCCUCCAGAGAUGAAUGUUGCUGACUGCUUGCCUCUCAAGUUAUACCAACUUUAGUAACGACCGCAGGAUAGCAAUACACAGUGGUCUGAGGAGCCAUAAACAAACCUCAACCAAAAUGCCACUCUAUAGCCACAAAUAAUGCUCAGAACAGCACAGAACUUCAGAUUUUCCUGAAAUUUGCUGAUUUCCUCCAUAGACGAUGAGUUGUGUUGGUGUCAUCGUGUCAUUGGCAGCAUCGGUUUUAAUAAUCAGGCCGCCAUUGUGAUGAGAGUCUGAGAAAUCGACCAAUCAGAGAAGACUCGCAUCCAGUUGAGAGUGAGAAACAGUCUGAGAAAUCAACCAAUCAGCAAAGAGCGAACAGAGACAGAUGUGAACAAGUGUGAACUCGCACUGGCUUCAGUGGGAGGUAGAGAUCAAGAUCUGCAGGAGUUACCUAUACCGACAAGAUAUCGACAUUUUCCAACAAACAAGACAUUUAAAUGUGAGGAUGAACCAACAUGAGAAAUCAAGAUCAUAUAAGAGUUUGAUAAAAACAGUCAAGAAAUCAGCUGAAAAACAGGCGGACAAGAUAUUAUCAGGUGCACAAAAUUUCGUAUAAGAAAGUCGUGAUCAUUUCUUCAUUGAAAUACAAUCAGACCGAGAUGCUAAGGCAGAAGAACUACCGCGUCUGUAAAAUGAUUAAUAUGGUGAUUAUUACUGAAAGGAAAUGAUCAUAAAUGUUCUUCCUUGAGCUGCGUCACCCCGCUGUAGUCCGUAAUGGACUGGCUUGAGGUCUCACUACAAACAAGCGUCUGCUGGAAGAGAGUCUGUGACUUGUGUUCAGUCUCUUUGCUAAAGAAAUUAGUCAAAGUUAAAAAGACGUUUGGUGGCUAGUACUAUGGCUGGGACCCUAUAUGUCCUGUUAAUGAAGUUAGGUGCUGUUCUGAGCAUCAUUUGUGGCUAUAGAGUGGCGUUUUGGUUGAGGUUUGUUUAUGGCUCCUCAGACUGCUGUGUAUUGCUAUCCUGCGGUCGUUACUAAAGUUGGUAUAACUAGAGAAGCAAGCGGUCGGCAACAUUUAUCUCUGGAGGGGGGGUCUAACUCGGUGUUAUGAUGUGUUUGACCCUAAAUUAAUUUUACGACAGAAUAUCCCUUUAAGGAGCAAAAAAGAAAAAAAAAUGGAAAAAAAGGACAAACUUUUAACUGGACCUCAGAGGAAAAUUAAAUCUAAAAAAAAGUUUGACAAAAGCUUGAGUCGACUUUUGAGAAUUUGUCAGAAAAGAUCUGAACUGAAUGGACUUGAAUGAUCAUGGUGAGGUGGUCCAGAAACAUUUAUAAAGGAGGACCAGUUUGACCACAGUGAGAGGUGUGUGUGUGUGUGUGUGUGUGUGUGUGUGUGUGUGUGUGUGUGUGUGUGUGUGUGUGUGUGUGUGUGUGUGUGUGUGUGUGGGCAGGGGCGAUAGCGGUGGUGGUAAAUUAUUCUCGUAUUUAAUGCCCAGAUAAAAACACACACUCAGGAAACUAGAAACACACACAGAGUGAGGGCUGUUAGUGCCCUGAGUUUGGGCUCUCAGGCUUUAACCAGAACCUUUUGUGGACCUCUGAGCUGAGCUGAAAACACACACUUCAUUAAUUUGGUUUAUGUCUUGUGUGCGUGUGUGUGUUUGUGUGUCAUGCUGCUGUUUGUCCUUUUGUUGAGGUCAGAUCCUGUUUUUGUCCCCUGAACAAUUAAGUUCAGAUAAACUUAAUUGUUUUAAGACGGAGGAGAGUGGACGUUAUUCUGCAGCUCUGGGUCAGAGUGGAGGAAAGAGUGGUCAGGAGAAGAUAGAUAAUCAAUAAUCCAUCCACAGAUGACGUUCAGAUGUAAUCUUAAUCUUAAAGGUGUCUCUGUGAGUCUGAGUGCAGCUCUCAUCUCUCUUUGUCAGAAUCAGGAGAACUGAACUGUGUCACGGCUUCUCCUGGAUGGACUCGGGUCAGUUUAGAUAACACAGACAGGACUGUGAUUCUGAUCAGAGGUCCUCAGCGCCCCCUGCUGGCCUCCUCUCUCUGUCUGCAGCAGUCACAGUUUAGUGUUACUGCCCUCUAGUGGCCAAACUGGAGUCUUAAACUCCCUGAAGAGGCUGAUAUAAACCGACUGUCUGACCCACCUGUCCUUGUUUCAGGUGAGCUGCUGAGUCAGUCGCGGCCUGAGGGUCUGACUGAGAUCAUCUGUCCAAAGAAUGGCUCUGAGCGGGUAAAUGUGGCUCUAAUUUACCCCCCCACACCCACUGCGCUCAGCCCCAAGUGA